AUCAUUAAUUCUUACUCUUCAUAGAAAUAAACAUAUAAAAUGUGCAUUAUGUUUCAGGUUCUUGUGUCCAGGAUUCUAGGGGUCAAUGAAGAGACAGGUGACAAGAUGGAACUGUACAAAUGUUUUAUGUGCAGUGUUGCAUUUCCAUCCAUUUCAAGACUACAAGCUCAUCUAUUUCAGCAUAAGCAACAGUUUGUCUGUUGCAAGUGUAGUUUUUCAUGUGAUUCAAGAGUCCAAUUUUCUCACCAUGUACAGCAUGAACAUCUUUCUCCACCUAUGCAGUCUAACAGGGAUAAGGAAGAUGCAAGAUGUGAUAUGAGUGAUGAUUCCUGUAGUGCAGAGAAUACAGUCACAGUAGCUGACUUUUUAUCUGCUCUUCGGGAGAAGGCUCAAGAAACAGACCCGUUACUCUUGCUCAGAAAGAAACUUUGA